CGCGAAGAGCAGCAGCCUUUAGAUUCUGAAGCUGUCGGUUUUCGAUCGCCUUAUUCUCUCCGAUUGCUGUCGUCGUUACUGUGUUUCUAUCUUCUUUCUCUCACCGGUAAGGCCUUUAUAUACCUGUGAAAUUCCCGAGGCGGCGGUACAAAUUACAAGUACGAUAUUGAUUUCUAGGGUUUCGUUCGUGAUCUGAUUCGUUAGCUCAAAUCCCCGAUUUUUGUCUGCCUAUUCUGAUACAUUCUACUGAUUUUCACCCAUUAUUGAUCAUAUUUGUAUCAAUUUUCAUACACUUUGUAUUGUAUUGACUCUUAGUCUGCUUGAAAAAAUUGAGUUUUCGGUUUUGGGGUUGGGGUCGUAGUUUAAAAAUAAAUACAAGAAAGAAAAAAUAAAAUUGACUCUCGAUUGUGGGUGUUGUGGUUUGUAUUCUCGAAUUGUUGGUCAGGGUUUGUAUUUCUUGUAUUUUUGAUUGAGAAGAGUUGUGGUUGUGAAUCACAUGGCGGCAGGGCGAGUCAAUGUUUUCAGGAGAACGGACUUAUAUAAGCCCUCCGAAAGAGAGUAUGACUAUUACAGGAAUGAUUCUUGCGGUGUGGAAUACAAUAGGGCCUGUGAUCGUGCUGCCAGACGUAAGAAUGGGUACCAUAAUUCUUCAAGAACUCGUGAUUCGAGGUCUAGAAGAGACAGGUUUGGCACUAGGACUGAAGAUCGAAAAUUGGAUGAGUUUUCUAUGGGUAAUGAACUCAUGGCUCACAAAGAUGGGGUGCGGAUGCCUCCAGAGAAGAAGAGGAAGUUCUCUUCAAUUGUAUGCAAUAGAGAAGAAAAGGACAUGAGAAUUUCAUCUAAGAACAGACUUGUCCCAGUUAUUUCUCCGUCUCCUCCUCGGCCAUCCUCUCCCAGUUCCGAUAGUGUGCCACUGGAUGUUGAUUCAGAUGUUGGUAUUUUAGAAUGUGAUAUAACAGGAAGUGAGGUUUUGGGGUUGGAGAAUUCAGCAGAUAAGCCUGUUGUGGCAGAUCUGUUAGUAGGUUGUUCUGGAUUCAGUUCUCAAGCUGAUUUGCCUCCUUUGGUGCCAUCAGAGCGAUUUGGUGAUGAUGAAUAUGAAGAAGACAAUGUGGAAGAGGAAAAGGUUACUCAAGCACCGAAUAUUGCCAUGUCGAGGUGGGCGUCUGACAGUGAUUCUCCUUCGAGGUCAAGUCCUGAAAGUGGGGAGAUUCGAGUAGGACUCUCAGGAGGUGGUAGGACUAGGUCAUCUGGAUCGGAUGGAGAAGGUUCUGUUGCAGUGCCUGUCAGUGAAGAUACAUUUGGUGAAAACGAGUUUUUUGAUGCUGAUAUGAUCGAUAUUGAUAAAAAAAGAGAUGGCCAUGACUAUGUUAACCAGUCAGACUCGGAAUCGGAGGAUGAUGGUGGUUGCCAUCAGAUUAAAGAGCCCAGCAUGCUUAACCAGAGAAGCAUAAACAUGCUUCAGUGUUGCAGAAGUGUGUUUGAGUUUGAAAAACUUAACAAAAUUAAUGAAGGAACUUAUGGUGUUGUUUAUAAAGCCAAAGAUAAGAAGACGGGGGAAAUCGUGGCCUUGAAGAAGGUGAAGAUGGGAGUAGAAAAGGAGGGUGGUUUCCCUAUGUCAUCUUUGCGGGAAAUAAACAUUCUCUUGUCUUUUAAUCACCCUUCUGUUGUCGGUGUUAAAGAAGUUGUUAUGGAUGAUCUCGACAGUGUUUUCAUGGUUAUGGAGUACAUGGAGUAUGACCUCAAGGAUCUCUUGGAGGUUAUGAAACAGCCUUUUAGCAUAAGUGAAGUUAAAUGGUUGAUGCUACAACUAUUGGAAGGUGUCAAAUAUCUUCACGACAAUUGGGUGCUUCAUAGAGAUUUGAAGACUUCAAACCUUCUUGUGAGCAAGGAGGGUGAGUUGAAAAUAUGUGACUUUGGGUUGUCUCGUCAGUAUGGCAGCCUGCUGAAGCCAUAUACACCUAUUGUGGUCACCCUUUGGUACAGAGCACCUGAACUACUGCUCGGUGGCAAACAGUACUCAACAGCUAUUGAUAUGUGGUCAGUGGGAUGUAUAAUGGCUGAAUUGGUGGCAAAGGAACCACUUUUCAAAGGGAAAAGUGAAAUUGAUCAGCUUGGCAAGAUUUUUCAAGUUCUUGGUGCACCAAAUGAGAAGAUUUGGCCUGGACUAACAAAAUUGCCAGGAGUUAGACCAAAUUUAAAGCAACCGCAUAACCUAUUGCGGACCAAGUUUCCUGCAAGAUCCUUCACAGGAUCGCCAGUUCUCUCUGAUUUGGGAUUUGACUUGUUGAGCAGCCUUUUAGCAUACGACCCGGAAAAGCGGAUAACAGCGGAGGCUGCCCUAAAGCAUGAUUGGUUUCGUGAGGUUCCUCUUCCUAGAUCUGAUUUCAAGUGUAACUUUUCUGUCUGGCAUGGCCAAGAGAGAGCAGGAUCCUUUAGAAGAGCAGUGAGAAAGGAGUUUGUCUUGGUCAAGAGUAGUGGAUUGAUGCAUAAUGGUCUUUGGGAAGAGGGUUGCUUUGUUAGUUGUGACCUCGUGGAUGUUGAAGACUGUGGACUAGUCAACACUCAGCCAAAGCAGCUAUGUUUCUGUUUGCAAUUCUGUACCUUGUGAUUUUAUUUUUCAAUCCCUGCGCAUUUCACAUACUGUGUCCUGAUAGGAGGACGUUGAGGUAAAAUUUACCUGUGCCUCCAUUAAGUUUUUAUUUUGGUACAGGUGCUAUGGUUGUAGUAUGUAUAUAAUUAGCUGGCUAAGUCUUUUUUUUUUUUUUUUUUAGUUUUUAAGUUGAAUGUUUAUUAUGAUGAUAAGUAGUGAUUUGGAGAACCGCUAUGUCACUAGUCAUAUUCAAAACUUUAUAGGUUAGAUUGCUGCUAUACUAACGGAAGAAAAUUGGAAGGAAAAAAUGUCAAAUUUUGCUUCCUGCAUUCUGUAAUUUGUUGGCUCGUGAUGAUAACUAUGAUUUCAUACCUUUAUUAUUAUUGCUAUUCAUAUUGUUCCUGCCUUUCCAAUUUUUCUUAUUAUUUUCAAUUUUUGUCGGUACAUAUGAAUUGAGUUGAAUUAUCACUUGCUGGGGGUGGCAAAGGUGUCUUCCACUCACAAAGGCAAGGCACUUUGCUCUGCAACUUCAUCCUUGGAGGCAGUUUUGCUGCAAAAACAAUUACAAAUAUAGACAAUUCUGCCCAUGCAAAUCCCACUCUCUUUGGCUGUGUCACGGAGGUAAGGUUUCCAGGACCGACAAUGCCGAAGGACAUAAUGUCCCAAAAUUUCUCUGGAAACUCAAAAUGGUGUAGAGAACAUGGAAAUCUUGUACAUUCAUUUGAUGGUAAUGCAGGAGGAAGAUGGUUUUUCUUUUACUGUCCAAAUUUAGAUCUCUGUGGAAAUUUUGUGUAGUAGUAGAUAAGGUGGGAUUGUUGUACAGCGGCAUUUCACUUCAUAUCUCUUUUGGGCAGGUGCCCUCAUUUCAGGGGUGACGACAAGUUAUUUUUGCC